UGAUGACUAGUGGUCGGACGAGUGCGCAUUCGAGUUUGAAACAGCGCGCGAAGCAGAUCGCUUUGCGGUUACGGUCGUGUGCGUACAAGAAUCUUAAGACACAUAUCGUUAGUGAAAUUGAGGUGAUGUCAAAGGAUAGUUUUAGACUGAGUCGGCUGGGGGUCCUGGCACCCGCUGCGCUCUCCGUGUGCAUGGACGCUUCGGUGUUGGCAGUGCCAGCCGCCGGCGCUAUCGUUUCCACAGUCCUGAAGGAACUCAGCAAAGCAUUUAUGCUUAAGAAAUGGUUCCACGGAAUCAUGUCCGCAAAAGAGGCGGAACACUUGAUGAUGGAGAAGGGACGGAAUGGAUCGUUCCUGGUACGCGAGUCGCUGACGCACCCCGGGGAGUACGUGCUCUCGGUGCGCGUGCGCGGCCGGGUCAGCCACGUCAUGAUCAGAAAACAGCAAAACAAAUACGACGUUGGUAGUGGUGAGCAGUUCGACGACCUGGUGGGGCUGAUCGAGCAUUUCCGCGCGUAUCCCAUGAUAGAGACGUCGGGCGACGUACUGCGCCUGCUGCAGCCAGUCAGCGGAACCUGUCUGAGGGCUCACGAAAUUGACAAGAAAGUUCAGGAAAUGGAUGAGUACAAAAAGCCAGAUAACUACAGUGGUUUCGACGGAGAGUUUCAGUCGCUGAGGGUUCUUGAGGACAUCCAUGUUUACACAACCAAAGAAGGCUUAAAGCUGGAGAAUGCUAACAAAAACAGAUAUCGCAAUGUGUUGCCAUACGACCAGACUCGUGUCGUGUUGCGCAGGCGUUGCGACCGUACUGACUCCGACUACAUCAACGCCAACUACAUCCGAUCUUCGCGUCUCGGAGACUCCACAAGCUCUGUACAGUCCUCCAAUGAAAGCCUAAACAGUGUAAAUUCCUUAAUACUCAGAAGUGACACAAAAAAGACGAUGCCUCUGGUCUCCAAAUCCUUAUCAGACGACGCGCUUCAAGAGGUAAAGCGAUGCAUGAGACUGGACAAAAUUAAUGGCAACCAUUGUCGUUAUUUAAUGAAAGAUAAAUUGUACAUAGCAACACAGGGAUGUCUCACAAACACGAGAGAUGAUUUCUGGCGAAUGCUCUGGCAAGAAGAUAUUAGAGUUAUUGCAAUGAUCACUAACGAGGUUGAGAAAGGAAAGAAAAAAUGCGAGCGCUACUGGCCACUGUCAGGGCACGAGGAACGUUACGAUGACUUGACCGUGAAGUCUAUAUCAGAAACUUGUUAUGAGGACUACCUUCUCAGAGAAUUCGAUGUCUCAGACAAGAACACAUGUAGAACCAUCUACCAGUAUCAAUAUACGGCUUGGGCUGACCACGGCACACCCUUAGAACCCGAAGGAGUUCUAGCUUUUAUAGACGAUAUUAACAGAAGAAUGUAUCGCAUCACUCAAGAAAAGGACGCUCCAGAACAGAAUAUUUUAUGCGUGCAUUGUUCAGCGGGCGUCGGCAGAACUGGCACAUUCAUCGUCCUAGACAUGCUCAUUGAUAAAAUAAAACAAUCUGGCGUUCACUGUGAAAUAGACGUGCACAAUACUGUGAAGUUGGUGCGUGCGCAGCGCAGCGGCAUGGUCCAGAACAAGGCGCAAUACCGGUUCAUAUACCUCGCCCUACAGAGCUAUAUCGAUAGCAGAAAUAUCAAAUUUGGCAAAAAGGUAUAUACCUCGGAGGCCUGAUGAUUUACCAAAAGACAGUGAACCAAAGCGAUAUUUAAGAUAAGACAAGACUUUUAAGUAAAGUGUUCGUGUAAUAAUAAUUAUAUUAUAACUACUAAUAGUGAUCAGUUAAAAAUUAAGAAUCUUCAGAAAACAAACAAUAAUUAUUUAUGUUUGGACUGCAAUCAACGUUAGAUACUAAUAGUGUUAGGUGAUACUAUGUACCUAUCGCUAUGCAAAUGGCUAAUUUAUCGAACUUUAUUGUAACUUUCUAAUAAAAGCAGUGUUUUUUCUGUUA